UUCUACCAAAUAUCAGACAUGUUCAUAAGACAUAUGAUAUGAAGGUAUCUGUAAAAGUAUUAGCCUAAUAUGUAGCAAGAUAAAUUAAUGCAUAUAAAAAUACAACGGCCUGAACCUAUUUGAAAUAUUACUGCCACUGUCCACUAUAUAGUAUCUUUGUUAAUAUUGAUGAGUGUGUUAAUAUAGAUGAGUCUGACAUGAUGUACAAUAUACUAUUUACAAAGUGUUCCUGUUUCAAAGGUUAGGCAUACGAUGAGAACAAUAUUGAACCUUUCCUUUAAAGAGUAAAAAAUACAUCGGACGCUUUUAGCACGUCGCUUUUAGCAAUAUUAGAGGAAGAGCACAGCGUAAUUUGCAAAGACGUUGUGUCGGUUUGGGGAAUUCGAAACUGGACUUUCUGCAUGACGAAUGAAAACUUCAACCUCUAGGCUUUUCGCUCCAACCAUCAUUUACGAUGCAUGUUUUUCACUGCAGGUAACACUAUAUUGACCCUGAAAGUGACAGCUGGAGUACUGGCAGUGCUUGUGACGCUUGGAACAACCUUAGCUGUGGUCAUUCUAACCAGACGCAAGAGCAAAUGUCAGAAUAGAAGGGAACCAUUUCCCAGUCCUCAGGAUCUGGGACAGAGUGAUGGUAGUGAGUACUGGGCACACAAGUACUGGGACAUCCACGAUAAGGAUUUGGGAUCUGAAUCUGACUGUAACAACUUACCUGUGCCUCAGAUACCCAAUAGACGCCCUGUCCAAAACAAGGAUAUCCCCUUGGACAAUGUAAAAGUCAGAACAUCAGUUCCAAGGUUUGAUGGUGCAAUGUCAUCGGCAGAUCACGUGGCUUUGGUCCAUCAAUGUGGACAUGAUUCGACUUAUGAACCGCUUGUUGCAGAAACGCCAGAGGUGGACGUGGUGGACAGUGAGGUAGAUGAUGCAUCAGAGAGGAACAUAAUAGGUUUGACUGUCAGUAACUCCGAUCUACAGACUUAUCAGGAAGGGGAUGGAGUCAUCGACAAUCCAGUUCAACAGCGUAUUGAGAAUCUCAUUAGAAAGACGGAUUCUAUAAUAGCUAUAGAACAACAUCUUGAUUUAGCAAGUGUCAAUGUGAAAUAUCUUACACCUGACAAAGUCAACACCGCUUCAAAUACAUUGUAAUUGGUGAAAAAAUGUCCAUGAAACCAUUUUAGUUGUU